UUCAAAGGAGAAAAUUCGACGAACGGUUUCAUAUCGCCACCACGAAACAGUCGCAAUCUUCCACCAAGUACACUGGACGACAUUAGAAUCGAACGCUCAUGCUGGUGGGCAUCGUUCGAUCCACAGACGGCGCCUCGUCGUCCGUCCGUCCUGUCCUGGACCCCGCCACCAUGCUCGUCGGCCUCGACGCAACAUCGUCGCCAGCGUCAUCGCCGCCUCCACGGACCCGAGAUGAUUCCUCACGUGGCCCCAUGGAGAUCACUCCGCACCUCUACCGCCUCUUUCGCGCGUGCGUCCUCGGCUUCCAUGUCCUUUCCCUCGUGUACUUUGUCUGUUUUGCCUACGCGUCGUACACAGACAUCUACUCGUCGUCCGAUCCAUCAACGGCAUUGCCGGCGUCAGUUCAGCCCACGACAUCCAGCGGCAUCGUGCUUCUCAUCCAAGUCAUCACAUCUGCCCUUCAUCUUGUGCGUAUCAAAUCCCUCAUGACGGCCGCAUGCUUCCACCGAGCCGAGUACAUCCCCUCGAAGCGACCUGCGGUGUUCUACCACCGCGUGUUCCUGUGGCUGAGCUUCCACGACCUGCUCGUCGUUCUGUCGCAUUCUUACCACGGGCUGCUGCUGUACUCGUUCGUACAGUCCCGUGUUCUUGUCUUAGCCUACCUCGUGUUCGUGUGGGUCUACUCCAUCCUCCCCUGCUUUCGCUUCAAGCGACUCUUCCUUCGCAACCCCCAUCUCCGCCUCGUGUCGUUGGCAUACGCGGUCGCAUUGGAUGUGCUGCCUGGCAUUUGUCUGCGGAUAUGGUGGAUGUUCGCAUGCGACGACCCCAUUGCCCAUGUGGACGCGGCCGACUUCACCACGGGCGCCGCGUCGGCCUUCCCGCCGCUGCUCCUCCUCUCGACCUUGACCUCCCUCUCCGCCCUCGUCGCCAAACUCAAACCCGCGCGGUCGCCUCAAAAGGUCCGACGAGUGACCCACGGCCCCGCGUCACCGCUGCGCUUCGACUUUACUGAACCCACCAUGUCGAAACAAUCAAAAUGGUGCUUAACGGCGCAACGUGCAUCUCGUGUCGGCAGCGUUCUGUGGAUAUCUGCAGCGUUAAGCAUGCUCAUCUACGCUCUGACGUCCCAUCCGUCCGCCCUCGACGGCUGCGUCCUCCUCCUCCGCCGUCCGUUCACAACCGUUCCCGUCGUAUGCCGAUCCUUCCAAAUCGCGUGCGAUUCCACGGCGCUGCAUGUCCUUCUGGACCUCCCGCCGCCCACCGCCGCCUUCGUUAUGGCCGUCCAAUUCGCCAACUGUCCAGCCCUCGCCUUCGAUGCCUUUGAUCGAGUUCUGUGGCCAAACUUUAGGCGCCUGGAGCUGAUCAACACCACCGUCACCUCGGCUGCUUCGGCCACGUACCCCACGCUUCUUCACGUCGUCCUGUCGCGGUCCAGCCUCUCCAAAGACGCCACGACGCUGCUGCCCCCUUCGUUGAUGUCGCUCAAAGCGUCCUCCAGCCGCCUCCCGGACGACGUCCUGCCGCCGCUGCCCCUCCUCCGGACCCUGGACCUCCGCCAUACCCCGCUGCGGUCGUUCGACGGCGCCGCGAUGCCCCGCCUCGUGCACGCGGCCGUGCUCCACGCCCAGCUGGCCAUCUUGGUCGCUUGGCCAGCCAACAAUCUCGUCGACUUGUGGCUGUCGGGCAACCCCCUGCACGCGAUUCCGGACGAGAUGCUCAACCUCCCGCGACUGCUCGUGCUCGCUGUGGACCGCACCAACCUCGAUCGGGUGGGGGACCGCGUGUCCAGCAGCCUCCUGCACAUCAUCGCUACGGACACGCCACUCUGUCGCAGCAUCGCCGCCUUUUUAACGCACGCGCAGAUUCAAUACACCCACGGCGAUACGUCGUUGGUGCAGUGCUGACAUCCAGUGUCGCAAGUGUACGGUACAAUGGAAUGUACAGUAGUACAGUGUCCCAUUCCAAAAUGUGUGCAAUAAACAAUACAUCACCCAUCCCACAUGUCUCC